CAGCCGGCUGAGGGGAGACCGGUGUCCUGCGGCGGCCUCCGCCGAGCUGCCCCCCGAUGGCCGCCGUGUUCCUGGUGACGCUCUACGAGUACUCGCCGCUGUUCUACAUCGCCGUGGUCUUCGUCUGCUUCUUGGUCACCAGCGGCCUGGUCUUGGGAUGGUUUGGGUGGGAUGUUCCUGUGAUACUGAGAAACUCCGAAGAAACGGAAUCGAGUGCGACAGUUUGUCAGAAGCAGAUGCGGCAAGUGAAGAACCCGUUCAGUUUGGAAGUCACCAGCCCCGAAGUGGCCUCACUUGCAAGCGGCGUAGCUCUGGUGCUGGACUGCCUGGAAGACUGUCUCCUUACGUGCUACUGGGGCUGCAGCGUGCAAAAACUGCACGCAGCUCUACAGAAACAUGCCUAUUGCCUUCGAAUCAAAACUCCGCGGGCGUUUGAGGAUGCAGUGCAGGAUGAAUAUCUCUACCGCCAGCAGUACCGCAUAAAGAAAACCGACAAACUGGGGAAGUCUUGCGUUUUACCAGCAGAGGCACAAAUAACUGAGCUUGGCCCGGUGCCCAGAUCUCGGUAUCCACUUGUCGCGCUGCUGACCUUAGCGGAUGAAGAAGACCGAGAAAUAUAUGACAUUAUUUCUAUGGUAUCCAUAAUUCAUGUUCCGGAUGACAGUUACCGACUUUCCUGCAGAAUACUGUAUCAAUACCUCCUCUUGGACCAAGGUCAAUUUCAUGAUUUAAAGCAACUCUUCAUGUCUGCCAACAGCAUCAGCCCUCCUUCUAGCCACCCUCCCUCCGGAGAGAGAACCGAGGAUCGCGUCCUGCUCGAGAAGGCCGGGCUGGCCGAGGAUGACCCGGAGCCAGUGGACGAGAACAGCAAAGACUGCAUUGUCUGCCAGAACAGGGCCGUCAACUGGGUGCUCCUCCCCUGCAGGCACACCUGCUUGUGCGACGAAUGUGUGAAGUAUUUCCAGCAGUGCCCGAUGUGCCGGCAGUUUGUCAGAGAGUCCUUUCCGCUGCACAGCCAAAAGGAGUGAGGGCGAGAAAAGGGGGACCCUGCGGUGUAGAACUGGAGAGUGAGCUUCCCGGUGGAGUGGCUGGGAUAUUAUCUAAGGCAUUCCUCCUUGCUUCUCCCCUUCCACUUGAGGUCGAGUUUUGGCAGUUCUUCACUAGGCCUUGAAGCAGCCUUCGGCGAAUGAUGAAUUUGGAAAGAAAACCGCACUCCUGCGGCCUGCUGGAGCGAUGCAAAAGGGUGGCUGUUGCAUAUGCAUUGUGUUCAACCCUGAUCGAAGGGGACAUGUACGCACACUGGGAUGCAUGCACACACACACACAAGCAGCCUUCUUGGAUAGUUGUAUGAAGGCAUCGAAUUCAACAAACCGGUGCAGGUAGAAUCUACCAGUACAAAUGAGAAGUAACGUGGUGUUCUUAUUUAUUUUUUAAAAAUUUAACGCGUAACGUGAGCGUAGCCUGAAUUCCAGCCCAAACUCCUGCUCUUUGCGAACUCUAGUAAAAGGAAAAAUGAAAGGUGGGGAAAAAUAAUAUAUGAAAGUUUUAUUUGUAGUUCUUCAGUG